AUGCAGACGUUCCCCGGCCUGUACCAGGGCUUCGCCGACUGCUGCCGCCAGACGUACGCGCAGGUGGGCCUGCGCGGCUUCUACAAGGGCACCGGCCCCGCGCUCAUGGCCUACGUCGCCGAGAACUCCGUCCUCUUCAUGUGCUACGGCUUCUGCCAACAGUUUGUGAAGAAAAUGGUGGGCCUGGACAAGCAGGCCAAGCUGAGUGACCUGCAGACCGCGACCGCCGGCUCCAUGGCGUCCGCGUUCGCGGCGCUGGCCCUGUGCCCCACUGAGCUGGUCAAGUGCCGGCUGCAGGCCAUGCACGAAAUGGAGAAGUCAGGAAAGAUCAUCCAGAGCCACAACACAGUUUGGUCCGUGGUGAAGGGCAUCCUUAUGAAGGAUGGCCCCUGGGGCUUCUAUCACGGCUUCUCCAGCACGCUCCUGCAGGAAGUACCGGGCUAUUUCUUCUUCUUCGGCGGCUAUGAAGUGAGCCGAACGGUCUUGGCCUCGGGGAGAUCCAAAGAUGAACUGGGGCCCGCCCAUUUGAUGUUAAGCGGUGGAAUUGCUGGGGUUUGCCUCUGGCUUGUCAUAUUCCCCGUGGAUUGUAUCAAAUCCAGAAUUCAGGUUCUUUCCAUGCAUGGAAAACAGGCGGGGUUUGUUGGAACUCUUGUAAGCAUUGUGGAAAGUGAGGGGAUAGCAGCCUUAUAUUCUGGACUGACAGCUACUAUGAUUCGAGCGCUACCUGCCAAUGGGUCACUGUUUUUGGUUUAUGAAUACAGCAGGAGGAGGCUGAUGAGCCAGGUGGGAGCAGACUGA